UGUCCCUCGGACACAGCGGAUCACCGAUCCACGCAAAGAGCCAAAGAUGUCGGCUCGGUCAUGUGAUCAGCUGUGUCCAAUCACAGCUGAUCGCAUGGGACAUGUGCACUGAUCAUCAGGGCACUGAUGAUCAGUGUGCCCUGAUGAUCAGUGUAGCCCCAGCACUGCCACCUGUCAGUGUCCAUCAGUGCCAGCUCUCAGUGCUCACCCAUGCCACCUGCUAGUGCCCAUCAGUGCCACAUCAAUGCCACAUAUCAGUGCCCAUCUGAGCUGUCUUUCAUUGCCACCCAUCAGUGCCAGUCAGUGCCACCUAUCAAUGCCAAUCAGAGCCACCUAUCAGUGCCAGUCAGUGCCGCCUAUCAGUGUGCAUCAGUG